GAUGGUUAAAUGUUUUGCAUGAGGUCUUUUUCUUCCUCCUGAGGGAAUUCAAUGUACUGUUGAAGUUUAACUGGAGGAACAAAAUUAGAGAACUAUAAGGUUCUUUCUUCUGGAUUUGUGCACUCUCUUCAACAUAUUCUGGUGUUGCUCCAUUGUUGAAUUUGUCAAUAAAUCUUGUAUUCGUCGCUAUUUUCUGCUAUUUGUAUCAUGCAAAUAAUAUCACAAAAAAGACAGAUAUUCAGAAGUCAGGGGAUGAGUUUAGUGUUACUUGAUGAGCGCUGAAAGUUACGGGUUAGAACUCUCUGAGAGUGAUGAGUUGUUUUUUUUUUUCAAUUUUGGUUUAAUUUUCCGUGCUUCCAUCUUAGAUCAGAAGUUUUGUAUAAUUUUGAGAUUAAUUGAUGAGAUAUAUCUGCAUAAACGUUCUCAUCGUAUCAAAUUUUCUCAGCUUUUCCUUUUAAUAUAUUGAUGGUGUUCUCUAUUAAAAAAGAAGAAGACAUGAGAUGGUCUAAAAGAGUAGCUGGAAUGAUCAAAAACCUAUAUUUUAUGUCCAGGAACUUCUUCUAAUUGGACCAAAUAUUAGGAAGUGCAAGGCUUUUACAGAUAAAUGUUUUGCCAUGAUGCAAUCAGUUAAUUGCUUCAAGAUUUCCAUGUACUGUGUAUUCAAGUUAUAUCAUGUAAAGAUUGCUCAAGAUUUUCUUCAAAAGAUUUCCAUGCACCAUCAAUUUUGACUUCAGUUUUCUCCAUGGGAAUGAUUUCCACGAGGAAAGAUAGUUUCUGUCCCUUUUUUAUGUUUGAAUAUUGGAUGAUUAUUAUGCAAUCAAUAUUUUUUUCUGUCAUAACAUCUGUUAUUGUAGGCAGCAUUUGCAUUUAUUCUCAAGUGUCAAAAUGCUUUGUGAACAGAACAAGUAAAAACAGAGUCACAGAGAGUUUAGCAAUUUUGAUCUCCGAUUUAAAUAUAAGAGGGCGCUUCUAUGAAAACUUUAAUGGAUGAUUUAGAAUUAGAAGAAAUAGUAUGUAGAAUUUGGGAAUUGUAGUCUCUUGCAAAGAGGUGGGUCCAAGCUGAUUACAGGGACUUCAUUAGUACAAUCUAUUAAAUGGAUGUAUGUCUUGUUGACUUAAAAAUAAAUGGAUCUAUGGAGGAACCACAUAUAAGAGAUGAACCUCCAUAUGUUCACCUUGCAUGAAUUUGAAGAUUCUUAUAUCCUUCUAUAAUUUAUAUUUAAAGCCCAACAACUCCUAAUUUCAUUUACCAAUCAGCCCAGCAGUUGUCUUCAGUUCAGCUAGUAAAUUAUCUUUCUUUUUUUUUGAAUAAAAGAAGAAGAAGAAGAACUUCUAGUUAGGUAGGCAAGGAAAUGACCUUCCAAAGUUCCUCAGAGAGCGACAUCUUACCUUUAUUGGUCUUGAUAUCUGGGUUGGCUCUGAAGAUGGUUUUUCUCUAAGCUUCCAGGCUUAUGAGGUGAGACUGGUGACGCCAAGGAGAUGGGGAAAAAGGGGAAUUGGUUUACGGCUCUCAUAAGGGCAUUCACUUCGAGCUCUAAAGAUAAAGAUAAGCCGAUCGAUGUGUCAGAGAAGAAGAACAUAAAAGAGAAGAAAAGAUGGGGAUUUGGAAGAUCAAAACACAGAGAGGUCAAUUCCUUCUUUCCUCUCUCCAGAGAACCGAGCAGCAUUGAGAAGAUAUUAUGUGAUGCUGAGAGGGAGCAGCGCCACAAAAUACAGCAAGCACCUCAGGAGAAGGUUCAACCGCUCAAGAAAACUACACCUGCUCCUGCACACUUACAUGCACCUGCACCAAAACCGUCGAUCACCCCAAACUACGUUCAAAUGUCAGCAAUCAAAAUCCAAGCAGCCUAUAGACGCCACUUGGCUAAAAGGAGCUAUCGGGCGCUAAAAGGAUUGAUGAGACUCCAAGGUGUGAUGAGAGGGCAUAGUGUGAAGCGUCAGACCAUGAAUGCAAUGAAAUGCAUGCAGAUGCUUGGGAGAGUCCAAUCACAAAUACGUGCAAGGAGGCUGCAAAUGAUGGAGAGCAGGAGACAAAUGAGUGACAAAGAGAUCGCGAGCAGCUUCGGCAAAUGGAGCGUAACUCACCAAUCAGAGGUGGAAGCCCAUGAGAAAUGGGAUGAGAGCGUGCUGACGAAGGAGGAGAUUGAUGCAAGAAUGCGAAGAAAGGUGAAGGCAGUCAUCAAGAGGGAAAGAGCUCUGGCCUAUGCCUACUCUCACCAGCUAAUGAAGGUGACGCCCAAGUCGGCCCACGCCGUCCUGACCGACAUCCGCAACGGCGGCUUCCCCUGGUGGUGGAACUGGCUCGAACACCAGCUCUCCCCCGCCGCCCGCCCCAGUCCCGUCGCCAAUCCCAUCCCUCGCACCCCCAUCACCCCCUCCGCCGCCUCCCAGCCCCGCACUCCCAGCCGCGGCACCCCUCGCCCCGCCUCCGCCUCCCACCGGCGGGACCACCGCGGCGCCGCCGGACGCCUCCGGGACGACGAGAGCCUGACCGGCUUCCCGGCCCCCGCCGUGCCCAGCUACAUGGCCCCCACCGCCUCCGCCAGGGCCAAGGUGCGGACUUUGGCCGAGGAUUACGACGGGAAGCGCCGCUUCUCGUUCGGGCUGGGCCAGAGCGUCGGGUCGCUGCAGUGGAGCAAAGGAGGGUCGCCCUUCGCGGCGGCGAAGGACGCCGGGUCGCAGAGGAUGGGUGCGGGGAAGCACAAGACGACGCUCUCGGUGGACUCCACCGUCUCUUUGCCCGCUGGAGUUGGAAGGACGCCUUUCAAGUAGACGAGGUAGCUCUGGUGUUUGAUUGGUAGAUCGAUCAACACCUGCGUUACUUUCUCUUACUUCUUCUUCUUCUUCUUUUGCUUGUUUGUUUCCGCACACGCACAUAAAAAAAAAAAAACACACACACACACACACGCACAAUUACUUGGUUGCGCUGGUGUUAUAUUGGGUCUUGUUGUUUGUGUGGGGUUAGUGUUUGUAAUAAACAUCAAGACAAGCGUGGUUGUAAUGUAAAAAAUAGUUAUCUUCCGUAAGCACUUGACCUACAAUUUACAAACAAAGCCGGCAUGGAUUUUAUAUGGGCUUAAUGACAACAUUCUCAGGAUUAAAAUGUC